AUGUUUCUCUCCUUCCUCUUCACGCCCUGGACGCUGCUGGCCGUCCCGGUGCUCUACUUCGUCCUGCCCUUCAUCCGGAACUGGUCCAUCCAAGAUGUGCCCGGUCCCAUUCUGGCCAAAUUCUCCACGCUGUGGUACAUGUACGAAUGCCGGCGGUGCAGGAGGUACUUGACCGUGCACAAGCUGCACGAGAAGUACGGAAAAUUCGUGCGGGUCCAGCCCGACCACGUCUCUGUCGCGGACCCGGACGCCAUUCCCAUCGUUUACGGCCAUGGAACGGGGUUCCUCAAGUCGGAGUACUAUGAUGCUUUCGUGGCGAUGAGGCGAGGACUUUUCAACACGCGUGACCGCGCGGAGCAUACGCGGAAGCGCAAGACGGUGUCUCAUACGUUCAGUGCGAAGAGCAUUGGGCAGUUUGAGCAGUAUAUCCAUCAUAAUCUGGAAUUGCUGGCGCAGAGGUGGGAUGAGAUUAAUAAGAAGACUGGGGCUGGGAAGUACACUGAGUUUGAUGCUUUGCACUGGUUCAACUACGUGGCUUUCGAUAUCAUUGGCGAUUUGGCUUUUGGUGCGCCUUUCGGGAUGCUGGAGAAAGGGGCGGAUAUCACGGAGAUUCAGUUGACGCCUGAUGCUCCUCCGACGUAUGCGCCGGCGAUUGAGGUGCUGAAUCGACGGGGUGAGGUCUCGAAUGCUGUGGGGUGUAUGCCUUGGAUCAAGCCGUACGCCAAGUACCUUCCGGAUCCGUUCUUCAGCAAAGGCAUGGCGGCGAUUCAGAAUCUCUCGGGCAUUGCGGUGGCGAGGGUGGGUCAGAGGUUGGCGGCUGCUGAGAGGGGGGAGAUUGAUCGGGUGGAUCUUUUGGCGAGGUUGAUGGAGGGGAAGGAUGAGAAGGGGGAGAAGUUGGGGCGAGAGGAGCUGACGGCUGAGGCUUUGACCCAGCUUAUUGCUGGGUCGGACACUACGUCGAAUACUUCCUGUGCGCUGCUGUUCCACUGCCUCGCCAACCCGCAUGUGGUCAAGAAACUCCAGGCCGAACUGGAUCAGGCUCUACCUAGCGAUGAUGUUCCUUCCUUCGAGCAGGUCAAGGACCUUCCAUAUCUCGACAUGGUCAUUCAGGAAACGCUCCGCAUCCACAGCACAUCCAGCCAAGGUCUCCCAAGAGUCGUCCCUCCAGGCUCAGGCGUUGAUGUCUGUGGCCGCCACUUCCCCCAAGGCGUUGUGUUGAGUGUGCCAGCGUACACGAUGCACCACAGCAAGGAGAUCUGGGGUCCAGAUGCGGACGAGUUCCGACCUGAGCGUUGGGAGAAGGUGACGGAGAGGCAGAAGGGUGCUUUUAUCCCUUUCUCGUAUGGUCCUCGUGCUUGUGUUGGUAGGAAUGUGGCCGAGAUGGAACUGGCCCUCAUCGUGGCUACCGUCUUCCGCCGUUACGAGUUCGAGCUCUACCAAGAUCACCUGGAGACGCGCGAGGGAUUCUUGAGGAAGCCGCUGGGACUCAAGGUGGGCAUGAGGAAGCGGGCCUCCAAGUCGUAG